AUGAAAGGAUGCUAUGCAUUGGUUUAUCGUCGGCAGAAUGAGAAAAAUUCUUCAAUUCCAGAUGUCCCAGAGCAUUUGCUGGGCGAUAUAGCAAGCAAGUUGGAGGAAGAAUUCAUUGCACAGACGAGUGCCACUACUGAAUUGACGCUGCGACGUAAGAAUACUGUUGAAGACUACCACAAGCGCCUUACAAGUUUGUUCAGUCGUCUGCAGCUUUUCAAAAAUAUCCCUCAUGGCAGUCGUGGCACCGCUGAUACGAAAUGUUCAAAUUUGGCAAAGUCUAGCACGGAGGGAUCGAAAAUGUCGUUUCCACUGUGUGUGCAUAACCAAAUAUCGCUUGAAAGCGUCAGAAACGGUCUAAUCAAGGCAGUUAACAAGCAAGCAGCACUACGUUUCCUGGAAAUUUACGAUGUUGAAUACGCUGAGCUAAAAACGGGGUUUGUUUAG